AUGGAUUCUUUCUUCCGAGUCAAAGUAGUAUACGUUAAUGAUUGCAGUUUUGGAGUUAUGGGAAGAGUGUUCUUGAUCGAAAACAACGGACCAGUCUAUACAUGCGCUACAUGCAACGUUCAAAUCGCAAAAAGUGAAGAUCUCUUGGAUGCAUGGCUCGACUUAUAUCAGUUUUACCUUGUGUACAAUGUCGUGAUUGCCGAAGUCCCUGUUCUCUACCACGACGAUCUCUUCUCCGGCCAUGAGGUGUCAUGCGUCAAUUGUUGCGCACUUCUCGGGUGGAGAAAUCCAGCACCGCCGCCAGAUCAAUUACCAGGAGAUGAGAUCAUGCCAGCAUUCGUCUUUGAGCAUGGCCGUGUUGCUCCACCACCGGAUAAUCUACCACAAGAUUGA